GUCAUGCAUAGAAAAAAACAUGCAUAUAGUUGGUCUUUCUCAUAAAUGAUAUUCAUGGUUGUUUCAUAGAAUAAAGGUCACGUCUUGUAGGGGUCGCCACAGUGAACCACUUGCCUCCAGCUGAGCCUCUCCUCUGCACUGUCAUUUUCUCGCUCGCACCACCAACCAUCCUUACAUCCUCCUCUAGAUCCAGAAACCUUCUUAUUGGUCAUCCUGUAACUCCAACCUCAGCAUCCUUUCACCAACAUCAUCGCUGUCUCUCCUCUCAACACGUCCAAACAUCUCAGUCUGCUUCCCUGCAUUUAUCUCCAAAUCAUCCGAUGAGCUGUUUCUCUGAUCGAUGUAUGUCCGAUGAACAAUAACAAGUACAUUGCAUCUUAGUUGUGACUCGUGACCUUUGUUGGUUAAAGUGAUCUUCUAAUGCGGAGACGAUCUUUGCCGGUCUACUCUUGUGCCGCGGUGCAUUGUGGUCCGCUAAUGACCCCGGUUAGCUUAAAGCUAGCUAAACGCGAACUCGUUUGUUUUGAGACUAAACUCACCUUCACGUGUUGAUUUGGGGACAGCAGCAAAGCAGGAAGUAACCGAUUCAAGUUACUAGUUUUAUUUACGCCAAUGUCACAGAGAUUUUUGCGUUUUAAAAGAAAAAAAAUACUUAAGUUAUAACUUGUAUCAAAGUUAUUUAGCACGAAGAUAUAGUUUCGGGGCUUUCUCGAUUAAGAGUUUAAGAAGUAUUGGCAUUAGACGACUUUAACAUUUCAUGGUAUUUCUGUUUUAAAUAGAUAGCAGUUUCCCUUUAGUUUUUAAUCCUUGACUCCUUAGAGGCUACAAGCAGCAGGAUGACUCCAGGACUUCCAUCCUACAGCACCUCCCCUUUCGUGUGAAUGGAGGCUGAAUCCUUCAUUUUCUCAUAAUUCAGUCCUUUUCCCAUCACCUCCUCCUUACUGUGAACUCCUCCAACCAGAAUGGCACUCUGCAUGGAGGCUGUCCUGCACAGGUUACACUCAUUUGGUUGCUUUAAAUCCUCAGGGAUGCCAUUUGACACGUUCAAAUGUUCAAAGCAUCUUUUCAGUCUUCUCUGCUCGUCUCCUUCAAGACUAAAAGGAAGUCCAGCUCUCAUUUUCAGGAGUGUUCAUACAGAGAUCUGCCCGCUGAAGUGGACAGGAUUUAGGUCUGGAGGUAGGAAAGUUAGUUUGUUAAGUGGGAGAUUUAAUAGUUUGGGCCCAAAUUCACUGUGGGGUCAAGCCCACUAUGCAUCAAGUUUUCUGCCCUUGAGACCUCAGUCUGCAGCGUUGGCAGAAGAUAACCUGAGAGGAGACACAGCCUGGCCUGUCUCUUUUGUUCGCAGAAGAGUGACAGACGCUCACCACUCUAGUGUCUCUCCAACUUUUAUUGUGAUGAAGUUUGACCAAGAUGGGAAUGUUGCAUCAUUUGAAAAGAAAAAGACAGAACUCUGCCAGGAAUUGGGUCUUCAGGCAAGAGACCUUCGCUUCCAGCACAGCACCUGCCUUUUUGCCAGAAACAACUGUAUUAUCCUACGGAUGGCGUCUUUGAAAGCCAUCCUAACCCCACAGUCCCUGAUGGUGUUGGAUUUUCGUGGCCAGGGGCUGGAGCGCUGGUUGAUCAUGGAGCUGGCCCCCCAGCUGGCAUCACUAACACACACACUGCCAUUUGAGUUCAGAGCUCUGGAGGCCAUGUUGCAGCACAAGGUCAACACUUUACAUAGCCGGCUCAAUGAUGUGGAACCAGUUAUAUUGGAUAUCUUGGAGUCCCUCGUGGAUCCUAAACUCCUUUCUGCUGACAGAAGUAAACUGCAUAUAUUGCUGCAAAACAGCAAGAGCUUAUCAGAGUUGGAAACUGAAAUCAAAGUGUUUAAGGACUCGUUGCUGAAGAUCUUGGAUGAAGAUGAGAUCAUUGAAGAGCUUUGUCUCACAAAGUGGACAGAUCCAAGGGUUUUUGAAGAAAGCAGUCUGGGUAUUGACCACGCGGAGGAGAUGGAACUUUUGCUGGAGAAUUUCUUCAUGCAGGCCGAGGAGCUGGGGAAUAAAGCCCGAGAGCUGAAAGGACUGAUAGACGACUCGGAGAGCGUCAUUUUCAUCAACCUGGACAGCCAUCGGAACAUAAUGAUGCGCCUAAACCUGCAGCUGACCAUGGGUUCCUUCUCCUUGACUCUGUUUGGCCUCAUCGGCGUGGCCUUUGGAAUGAAUCUGACCACAGCGUUUGAGGAUGACCCGCGUGCAUUUUGGCUGGUGACAGGCUUCAUGUUCUUGGGCAGCGGGUUGAUAUGGAGGCGACUUCUGUCGUUUCUGGGACGCCAUCUGGAGCCUUCGGUUCCCCCUCUGAUUCCUCCAGUUUGGAAGAGAAAUUUGAAACCUUCAGACAUGAAACCUGGAGUCAGAUGACUCCUCUGUAAAAUGCCAAAGACUGCACAUUGUAGGAAAGAAAGGACUUUAAAUGAGCUUGUUCCCUGUUCCUCUUGUGCUCUUCGCCUCUUAUCUUUACACACCAGGUUGUUUCAGGCUCACAAGAGGAACCAAACCCGUCCAACAACCACUGUAUUGGGAUUUAUUUCAUGUUAACAUAAUUGCUUUUACACCAUUAGGAUAAUGAUUACAAUUUUGAAUUGUUGUUGAAAUGCGGACGUUAUAAGAGAGAAAUACUGUUUGUUCUCUCUGUUGUUUUCAGUUCUAGGAAUAAGAGCUGGAGAGGAAAUAUUUAAGAACCCUCUGGAUGUGUGUUUGGUGUCUUCUGCUUUUCUGCAUUUACAAGUGCAGCAUGCUGCUUUGGAAAACAACUGUUAAUUACAUGGUCUAUAUAAAUUAUUAUUAAUCUAUGUGGUUUAAAACACAUCUUUCUUGUUUUUUGAGUACAAUCCUUCCUGAGUCCUUGCAUCCACUGUCUCAAAGGACAACUGCUUCUUGUAGCAGUUAAGGAAGCCUGGAAAUAAUAACAAUAGUAAAGGUGUUUAAAACAAGAAACAUAGAUUUGUUUAACACAGCUGUUAUGGUUACAUCAAAUUUCUGGAAGAGCUCGUGUUUCGUGUCCUUUCAAACUGCUUUUUUGAAUUUCCGUUACUUUGUCAGAAUUUCUUUGAUCAUGUAUUGCAGUUGAUAACUUUUAACUGUGGAUUUUGAAUAUAUUUGUAAUUUAAUUUAGAAAAAAAUAAAGGCAUUUAUUUUGUGCAAUCGAAAAAAA